AUGAGUGCCUCCGACCUGAAUCCAACUCCCCUCUCCAAGCUCCGAAUCUCCAAACACCAAAUCCCAGCUCACGACCUCAUCCCCAACUCCUCGCUCCAGUCAAAGCCCCUCAUCAUCUACCACUCCGCCUUCUCCCCCACAGACGCCUCAGCAGAACAGAUCGAGUCUCAUCUCCUCAAAAUCGGCGUCGUCACCCCUCAAUGGCGCUACACCAUGUAUGACACCACGCACUUCCACAGUACGACUCACGAGGUCCUGUGCGUCACAGCCGGUCGUGCCAAGCUGUGUUUUGGAGGUGAUUGCAAUCCCGGACGUGUCGAGCCGGUGGUCAAGAGGGGAGACAUCAUCAUCGUUCCAGCCGGCAUCAGCCAUCGUCUCCUGGAAGACAAGGACGGCGAUCCGUUUCUCAUGGUUGGAAGCUAUCCUAACGGCAAGGACUGGGACAUGUGCUACGGUAAACACGGUGAAGAGUCGAUAAUUAACAACAUCAAGGAACUGCCGUGGUUCAGCAAAGACCCAAUUUACGGCGAUGAGGGCCCUGUACUGAGCGCAUAA